AUGGCAUUGGCAACAAAUACAACAGGUACCGAGCCGCCUACGUCUACUCCUGGAGGAUCAUAUUUUACAAGUGUAGGGACUACAGGCUCUACGACUUUUACCACACCGGAGACAACGAUAGCGUACUCCACUGAAAAUACAACAUCUGUAACAUCUACAAUUUUGACAUCAACAGGGUCCCUAUCAAAAGUACAAACCACAGAACAACUAUCCACUGUUGAAACAACACCUCCCACAACAGUUGUGUAUACAGAAACUCCCACGACAAAAAUUACAACUGAGUCACCAUCUACAAUUUUGACAUCAACAAUACAAACCACAGAACAACUAUCCACUGUUGAAACAACGCCUCCAACUACAGUUGUGUCUACAGAAACUCCCACGACAAGGAUUACAACUGAGUCACCAUCUUCAAUUUUGACAUCAACAGUACAAACCACAGAACAACUAUCCACUGUUGAAACAACGCCUCCUCCAACUACAGUUGUGUCUACAGAAUCACCAACAACAAGAAUUACAACUGAUUCACCAUCUACAAUUUUGACAUCAACAGAGUCCCUAUCAACAGUACAAACCACUGAACAACUAUCCACUAUUGAAACAACGCCUCCAACUACAGUUGUGUCUACAGAAUCACCAACGACAAGAAUUACAACUGAGUCACCAUCUACAAUUUUGACAUCAACAGAGUCCCUAUCAACAGUACAAACCACAGAACAACUGUCCACUGUUGAAACAACACCUCCGACUACAGAUGUGUCUACAGAAUCACCAACGACAAGAAUUACAACUGAGUCACCAUCUACAAUUUUGACAUCAACAGUACAAACCACAGAACAACUAUCCACUGUUGAAACAGAGCCUCCAAGUACAGUUUUGUCCACAGAAUCUCCAACGACAAGAAUUACAACUGAGACACCUUCUACAAUUUUGACAUCAACAGUACAAUCCACAGAACAACUAUCCACUAUUGAAACAACGCCUCCCACUACAGAUGGGUCUACAGAAUCACCAACGACAAGAAUCACAACUGAGACACCAUCUACAAUUUUGACAUCAACAGUACAAUCCACAGAACAACUAUCCACUCUUGAAACAACGCCUCCCACUACAGAUGGGUCUACAGAAUCACCAACGACAAGAAUUACAACUGAGUCACAAUCUACAAUUUUGACAACAACAGAGUCCCUAUCAACUGUAAAAACCACAGAACAACUACCCACUCUUGACACAACGCCUCCCACUACAGUUGUGUCUACAGAAUCACCAACGACAAGAAUUACAACUGAGUCUCCAUCUACAAUUUUGACAUCAACAGGGUCAAUAUCCACAGUAGAAACCACUCAAAAACUAUCCACUGUGGAAACAACGCCUCUCACUACAGUUGUGUCUACAGAAUCACCAACAACAAGAAUUACAACUGAGUCACCAUCUACAAUUUUGACAUCAACAGGGUCGAUAUCAACACUACAAACCACAGAACAACUAUCCACCGUGGAAAAGACACCUCCCACUACAGUUAUGUCUACAGAAUCACCAACGACAAGAAUUACAACUGAGACACCAUCUACAAUUUUGACAUCAACAGUACAAACCACAGAACAACUAUCCACUGUGGAAACAACGCCUCCCACUACAGUUGUGUCUUCAGAAGCACCAACGACAAGAAUAACAACUGAGUCACCAUCUACAAUUUUGACAUCAACAUGGUCAAUAUCAACAGUACAAACCACUGAACAACUAUCCACUGUUGAAACAACGCCUCCCACUACAGUUGUGUCUACGGAAUCACCAAUGACAGGUUGUGUCUACAGAAUCUUCAACGACAAAUAUUACAACGGAACUACAGUCUACCAUUUUGACAACAUCAACAGAGUCGAGAACAACGGAACAAACUACAGAACAGUUGUCCACCUUGAAAACAAGUGCUCCUCCAAGUACAGUUGUUACGACAGAAUUACCAACCACAGAUUUUUCUACAGAGCCGAAAUCUACAAUCAGAACAUCUAG